UCCUUCAAAAUCCUUCACACCGAAAGUGUGAAUACGUGAGAAAUUAUGAAUACUAUUGAGUUUUGAUGAAUGUGCAACCUUGCGGAUGACCCGGAAUAGAAGACGUGCGUCAUGGGGUCAUUCUUGUACAUCCAUGUCAUCACCUCCACCCGGGCGCCUUUGACUUUUCGUUGUUUUCGUGUUGCCAAGUGACAUGGAAAAUAGAAGUUCCCCGACCUAUUGUCCUGUCGUACCCUCCCUCCUCCAUAUGUAUUUAAACCGCGGACUCCGGACCAAGGAGAGACAGCGGAGGAGAAUAUUUAAGAGGAGGGGGAGCAAGAGGAGAGGAAUCCUCACGUCCCUACCGCGAAUAAAGACCACCUGUUCACCCGUCCGAAUAUGGGAGGCCUCGUCUCACACUUUUUGGCUCGCUUCGUUACCAUGAAACCCGUCCGAAUUCUCAUGGUUGGUUUAGAUGCUGCAGGGAAAACUACUGUCCUGUACAAACUGAAGCUGGGAGAGGUGGUCUCCACCAUCCCUACUAUAGGGUUCAACGUUGAGACGGUGGACUAUAAGAACGUGAGUUUCACCGUUUGGGACGUUGGUGGACAGAACAUCAUCAGAACCCUGUGGAGACAUUACUUCACUAACACACAGGGGCUGAUAUAUGUGGUGGACAGUAACGACCCAGAGAGAAUGAAAGAAGCCGCAACAGAGCUGCAUCGCAUGUUGGAGGAGGAUGAGCUGAGGGGCGUGGCCGUGCUGGUAAUGGCCAAUAAACAGGACCUGCCCGGGGCCAUGUCUGUCAGUGACGUAACAGAGGCCCUCGCUGAGGCUUUUCCCUCGCUGUCAGGGCUGUCCAACACGUGGUCUGUCCAGGGCUGCUGUGCGGUCAGUGGUGCCGGCCUGAUGGAGGGACUCGACUGGCUCUCUAUACAGGUACAGAAGCACUAGGCCCCCCCGGAUCUGGGAACACCUGCUGCACCUUCUGCAUCUUAUACAGACCCCAACCCAUCAUGACAAAGUCACUUGGUUCCGCCUCAAUGAGUCCAGAACCUUCCGAGAAGGAUCUAGUCACUGUCUGUGACAGGCAAAACUAAGUUGGAUCAGAUUUGUUUGUAAAAGUUGUUUUGUUAUGCUUUUAUUUUACAUUCUUCUUUAAAAGAAAGAGUAUAUAUAUUUUUAUUGUUUAUUGCUGCCUAUGUAAAGCACUUUGAAUUGCCUAUGAAUGCAAACUACACCAUCAAAUAUUUUAUCAUAAAUGUAAAUAGUCUAUUCUGCAUCAGCUUUAGUGUAAGAUUUAUAUAAAAUAUUGAGUGGGAACGACGGGAACAAUAAAGUUUAAUCAAAACAAAGCAGGAAGUGUUUCUGUUACAUGCAAGCGGUCCAUAGGGUGCAUUCACAAAUAUAACAACAUUCAAUAUAUAAUGAAUCCUAGCUAAGAUGGUACUAUCGGACACACCCCAGCACAAGAAAGGAAGCCCCUUCCAUUGAUUAUUAUGGCAGAGUUUCCAUCGCAAUGGAUUGGUUCAUAUUAUCUUGGUCAGAUUAAGUUAUAUUAGUCUAGGUUACAAUGAUUUAUAUUAAGUCUAGGUUAAUAUGGGUUACAUUCGACUAGGGUUAGGAAGUUGGAUAAAACACAGGAACCAGUGACUCUUGUUGAUGGUUUAUUUUCCAACUCAUCACAUCAUCGUCUCAUAAAAUAAAUGGUUCUCCUGUUUCAACACGGUCCUUCAACCACAACACCGUUCACACAUGCUGAGUCCAGAGGGGUCGGGGUUCAGGGUCUGAAGCGCAGGUCACAGACCAGAGCGAUGUGGUCAGAGGGGUGGGCCACGCUGGGCAGGGCCUGGUGACUGGUCACCUCCUCGUGGGUGGGCAUCGGAAUCACCUGAUCCACCUGCAGGACAAACGCUGGUAUUACAGGGUAGUAGCUUACUUAGGGUAUCAUGUUGCCGCUAACUUUGCCUAGCACGCAGCCUGUGACUUAGCUCUGCAUGUAGCCGUUAUCUGAUGCGUUGUUUCUUACUUAGCCCAGCAUGCAGCACCCGUCCUCAUUGCGAAAAUAUCGACCAGGUAUUUAUCUUUGGCUGCAUUAGCAUGUAGCCGCUUAAAGUCGUGGCACGACGCCUAGGAUGGUUGUAGAGCAGCAAGUAGCUUCACAGUACCUCAAGGCUGUCAGGCUGCAGGAAGACGUAGUCGAGGACGCCAUGGAAGCCCCC